AUGUCUUGCACUUACAGGGAUUACCAGAAGGUGAUCAGGCUGGCGCUGACCAGCUCAAAGAAACCGAUGACGACAUCGGCUGGGGUUUCCAAAUGUAUGGACUCCACCAGCAAACCAAAGAUCACAAGAACAAAAACCGGAUGUCUUUGUUGUCGCAAAAGAAAGAAGAAGUGCGACGAGCUUCGGCCUAAAUGCUCUGGGUGUAGGCGGAAUUACCUUGAAUGUGUGUAUCCAGACCAACCCUCUCCAGACUACUGUCCACUGACCCCUCCUUUAUCUGCUUCUGAGGACGAACCAAGAUCUCCUCUUAGUGAUAAUGAGGUACUUACACCCAAAGUCAUGACUAUAGAGGCUGAUCCUACGGGACUCACUACGAGUCAGUUGUCUGAUUUUGUGGUGACCAGUGUGGAUGCGCGUGCGGUUUUCGAUUCUGCUCAUCCAACCAUAGGUUACCAGAGGUUUCCCAAGCAGAUAAAGAUCAGCAGUUUGUUAAACUAG